AUGAGCUUGUUCUUGAGAAGUAAGAAUUCAAAUUUGAAAGUCGUUAGCGAUAAGAAAGAUGGAUAUCUUUGGGUAGCCAAUAAACCUCAAUCUUGAUCUGAGAUCCAAGUACCAGACUUUCUUGGGAGGAUUGGUUUCGAUGUUCAUAGUCUUUCUGUUGAUUGGCUACAGUGUGAAUGAGAUCAUUGGGUACACGAUCCAGAGAGGCAUACAGAUCACUUAGGAAGUAGUAUUUUCGAUUUAUAGGGGGGGAUAGACAAAAUUCAAUUAUGAUCCAGAUGUGCUGGUAUUAAACAAUUAGAAUUUCAUUUUUGCCAUCAGAGUAGAGCAAGACAGUUUCUACCAGUCCCCUUAAUUCGACAUUCAGGUUAGAUAGCAUCAGAACAGCAACGAAGUUUCAUUGGAGUUGUAAUAAUGCACUUUCCAGCAAUUCGUGAGUGUGUUGAAUUCGAGUUAGGUGCUGGACUUCUUGGAGGCAAAUCAAGUGAACACUUGGUUGUGUCCCAAGUCCGAGUUCUCGAUUGAAUUGGAGGGGACAGCGUUUUGUAAGUUUUGAUGUAGCUAGGAGGACAGCUUCAAUAUUUUCGAGUCUGGUGAUAGAGAUUAGUGAAUGUAAAUCAAGGAGUUCUUGGGGUAGUGAAUGUCAGAGCAGAACACAGAAGGACAGUUAUAAGGUGUAGAUGAUAACGAAGAAUACAGUAUUAAUAUUGAGUGAUGUAAGUUCAUUAAUCCAUUCAACAAUGAAUUCGUGGCUGAGGAUUACUUGGACAAUUCGAUGAGUUUGUACUUCUAGCCAGGAGAUCUGCAGAGGAUAGAUUACCAAUUCCAUAAGCACAUCACUAAGGAUUACCAGGGACAAAUCAAAAUAGAGUAGAGAUCCCAAUAAUAUUAGAGGAUUGCUGGAUGAGUAAGAGUGGAGUAUCUUCUCGACCAAUUCAUUUAAACAGAUCUACGAAGGCAAGAACACUGCAGUCUGGUCUCGUAUUGUGUUUACGCGCAGUAACUUCUCAACCAGUUAUAACCGAGAAUAUCAGACGGUGACUGAUUUGUUAUCCAAAAUAGGAGGCUUGUCUUAAUCCGUGAUUUCUAUUGUAGGAGUAAUAAUUACUUAUUAUAAUAGAGCACAAUGUAAUUAAUAAGUACUAUUUAGUUUAUUUGGAUAUAUCCAACCGUCUUUACGAUUACGAUUUCAAUAGCGAGCAUGAUCAAGGCACCAAAGGUUCUGGUUUGGUGGACCCUCUGCAAUACAGUGUCCAACUGCAUUAGGAAUCGUCUCAACCACUCAAGAAGAAGCGGAAGACUCAGGACAAAACAGAUGCUAUCAAACAGCCAGAAGAGGAUUCCAUGGAAGACGACCCACAAUUCAAGGAGCGAGUGAUGAGAGUGGUGGAGGAGCAGAAACAAAUCAUGGAUAAAUAUUAGUUUAAGAGUAGGAAACACUUCCUAUUGGCAACCUUCCAACAAACCAUAUUGAUGAAGAAGUCGAUCUAACUUAGUCUCAAGUACUUCUUCUACAAGCUGUUCUGUCAGAAAUCAGAUCCCAAAGAAGAUCCUCAUUUGUUCGUUCUGUAGAAGGCGUUAACUUCAGUGCGACAAGAAUUAGAUGUGUUCUCGAUUCUAAAUCGAAUUCAUCAACUGGAGAAGUUGAAGAAAAUCCUAUUGGACAGAGAUCAACUGAUUCUGUUUAAUUAUUCCCCGAAACCUGUCAUUGCCGUUUAUGAGAAGGACAAGGAAACCGAUUUCCUACACUACUCCAAACAACAAUCUCUGAAGUAAAUGACCCUGAUAGAGGUGGCAGAAGACAUUAAGAAGCGACUGAAGACAACUUUCUUAUCCAAAGAGCAUCUCAGCAUCGAAAAUGUGUUCAACUCAUACAAAGCAAUAGCUUCCAAGAACAGGAAGUCGAAUCGCUAUUAUUACAAGAUCAACAGGAAGUUGAAGUAGUUUCUGGGAGAUCAAGUCAAGGCCAUCAUCAAGGCCUCCAAAAUAUUAAAGUUUCCUGAAGACGAUCACAUACCAGACAUGGGUGUGCUGGAGAUUAUGUCAGUGGGAGGAGAGACUGCAGCUCAAUACCCAUUGAGUAUGCGUCCAUCUGUGAAUAUAAAUCAUCAAUACUAAUGAUAUUUAAUAUAUAUUAACGAAUUAACAUGUCUGUUAUUUUCGAAGACAUCGAGGUAUUUAUACACUACUACUACUAACUUAGAAUUUACACUAUCUCCAAUUUCAAUUCACCCAAGCCUUACGCAUAGCCAAACUCAUCUACUAUAUAGGUACUCUCCUCUCCUUUAGUUUAGAGAACUCUCUCCUUCGCAAGGUCACUGUCAUCGAUAACACUUGCUCCGAUAGUGUCAUCGUCCAAGCCGAAGUCUCCAUGAUUUGCACUGACGGCAAACUCGUAUACUCCUUGCUCGGUAACCUCAAUUAUGUAACAACCUUAGAGAACGGCGACAUCUACUAAAUCGAACAACCACCUCGUCUACUCAAAAGUGGAACUCAUUACAAGUGGAUCUCUCCUAUCGCAGCCAUCGAUCAAUCUCACAGAGGUUUCAUCUGGAAAACCAAUAAGCAAAUUUAUAGUCAUUGCAAACACAUCUCCUCUUACUAGAAUCGCAUCACUCUCAUCACCAUCGGCGGCAAAAUCUUCAACGUUGUCGACAAUAACACUCUCCCCAUACCAUAACUCAAUGGAUUGAAAUUGAACACCUACUUUAAGAAGUCCAUCCUCUUCUCUUUCGGAGGAGUAGCCAUAACAGAAAGUGGAGAAUUCUAUCUCUUCAAUCAAAAGAUGAUCAGAGUCAAAAUCAAAGGCAUCCAAGACAUUUUCUCCACUGAUAAGUACCUCUUCGCUAUCCAAAAUAACAACACCAUUCUACAAUACUCCAUUGAAGACAUCCAAACCCAUCAAUUCUUUACCAACCAGUAGAUCUUUCAAAAAAUGCAUUACUGCAAUGACCUCGAAUUCAAGUACAAACAGAAACAAUUUCAACACAUUUCCAUCCUUCAAUCAGAAUACUCCUUAUGUUCAUUCGCCUAUAUCAAAGAGAACAAGAUCCUAGACACCAGUCUCAAUCUAACUGACCACAAGACCAACCAAACCCACAAUAAGAGCAAUGUGCUCAUACUGAAGCAAUCCUUAUUUGAGGAUUGGGACUGCAAAAAGAAAACCAUGGAUUCCAGAAGAUCUACUACCAUUGAUAAACCACUCCAAAUAGAACCAGAAGGAUUAACUUUAGCCUAAAAACUAGCAACCAUAAGGGAAAGCUUAAAUUUUGAAAAACCCACUCAACUCCAAGAUAAUAAAGAUCGCUGCAGAUAAAAAAGUCUCAUCCAAUUCCAUCAAAGCUAAGUGGAAGAUCUACCUUAUAAUCCUACUCCAAUCAAAUUAGACAAUCUGCUUAAUAAAAUUCAUGUCAACAAACCAGAUAAACCUAUUGAUCAAUUAUUGCUGAGUCAAAACAAAUAAGAAUUACAAGAUUCCUUACCCACCUUCUAAAAUGAUAAUCAAUUCACUAAGAAUAAUGACACUCUGAACAAGAAGAAGUCUAAAUAAAACAAUGGCAAUUCAAGAUCCAAUAAAAGAUUAGAUAGUAUGUCCGCAUAAUCUGGUAUUGAUUUACAAAAUAAUAGUGGAUUCAUCUAAUAAUAAGAUAGCUUUGUUGAUAUCUUGGAUACUGAUUCCAACAAAAAGGAUUUCCCUCUAUAAUUACAACCCUUUGAUAAACCUAAUAAAUAUAAGAAGAAUACUUUGGAGACUAUCCAAUCCUAUGAAAAUGAAUAAGAUCCUAAAACUACUAAUCGCUUGUCACACAAAAAGGAUUAAGUACUGCAAUAGAGCAAUCGAUCACCAAACACGAAAACCCUUAAAGAUCCUCUCCUGACUGAAAGAAGUUCCACCAAAAGAAACAUAGAAUAAGCUAAGUAAGAUUUAGAAACCUUGGUUAAUAUGAUUAAUAAACAAAAAGAAAACACUGAAACUCAAAAAUCUGUUACUACUGUCAAAUCAAGUAUAAGGAUGAUGUCUCCUCCAAUCUAAGUAGGAUCUGCACUGAGUCGACCAGAAAGUAAAAUUACUCCACUAAAAAAUAGGAGAUCAUCUGUUAUUAGUGAAACCUCUCAAUAAGAAUCUUUUAAGUUGCCUCAGAGAAUCUCAAAAUAAAGUCUAUCUUAAAAAUUAAUCACUCAAUAAUCAUUCAACUCGUCAAGUUAAAAUUCUUAAUUCUAAUUCGAUUCUAACAACUUUCGGCAAUUGAACACCUUAUAGGACCAAGAAUCAUAAUUAGACUUCAAAAGUGCCAACAAACUAUUUGAUUAAUCAAUCACACAACAACUCAAAAAAAUUGAUCAAAUUAAAGGACUUAAAAAGGUUCAAUGCUCAUCAUAAGUCAACAUACUUCGCAAUAAUAGCUUGAGUAGAAAGUCAACCAUAAUUGUUAAUAAUCAACAAACAGCUAAAAUGAAUUUGAGAAGGUAAGAAGCGAUCUUAAAGAAACUAUUCUUCCGAUUGGAUGUUAGAUUAAAACUGUAAUAAUUAGAGUUUGUAAAUAACUUAAAAUGUUUGCUAUGA